CGAGACUGCUUAUCUCGAGAUGUAGCAACACAGGAACUCGAGGCGGAUAUACGUUUUCCGUAUUAGUGUUCUAUUCGUCACUGUAGCAAAAAGCCCACUUUUCAUUCUUAAGUAGUUGGAGAUCUUAUACACAUUGACAUUGCAAUCAGCUCGAUGGAAAUUGUCAGGAUUAACGUCGGGGGGACAGUGUUUGAAACUAAAAAACUAACCCUCUCUCAAUAUCCGCAAACUUUAUUGGGAAGACUUUCACCACAAUCAGAAUUCUAUGACAACAGGAGACAGUGUUAUUUUUUCGACAGAAAUCCGGACAUUUUCGGCCCGAUUCUAGGACUCUAUCGCACGGGGACGCUCCACUUCCCGUCUUUCUAUUGUGGUGCCACCAUUAAACAGGAACUUGAGUUUUGGGAAAUCUCACCCAAACUUCUGGCAGAAUGUUGUCUUCAAAACUAUCUCCAGUAUGAGGCUGAUCUCCAAACAACACAAACACUGAAUCAGGCGUUUGAAGAAUACGAACUGGAUUACACUGACGAAGAGUGUCGGACCAGUAACAUCAAAAGAAUUCUUAGAAAAAUAUGGCUUACUUUAGAAGAACCAUCUUCAUCAAGAUUAGCUAAGGUUUUCAACUAUAUUUUCCUGGUUGUUGUGAUUGCUUCCAUGGCAAAUUUCACGUUGGAAUCACAUCCGUUAUUCAGAAAGGAAACGUUGUCGAAUGACUCGCUCUUGUAUAUUAUCACAUAUGGAGACAUUCGUUUUUUUAAAGAGCUCAACUUGCAGAAUCCUAAAGAAAUUAUGUUUGGGACGACGAAACCCGUAGAUCUAUUACGACACAGUGAAAUAGUCACCUCCAUUUUCUUCACCAUUGAACUGAUUUUCCAUUUUGCGUCUUGUCCAAGAAAAGGUCGAUUUUUCCGAUCUCCAUUGAAUAUCAUUGACCUUCUUCUGGUGGUUGCCAUGUGGGUAACCUUUGCCCUUGAACAAGAUUUGGAAUUUCUGGUGAAGAAUUAUGAACUUGUGCGGUUCUUUUUAGUGUUGAAAUCAUUGCUCGUUUUGCGACUGUUCCGCGUAUUUCGACUGAUGAAACUUUAUUCAGGUUUACGAAUAAUGAUAAUGUCUGUACGGGCUAGCAUCAGAGACCUUCUCCUACUCUCCAUGUCAUUUCUUGUGGCUUCCCUAUUCUUCGCCAGUUUCAUCUAUUACGCGGAAUUCUACGUGUCGGACACAUUCUCCGAUAUAUUUAUAGGGAUAUGGUGGUCGGUGAUCACCAUGACAACAGUAGGCUACGGUGACAUGUAUCCUAAGUCGACCCUUGGUUACAUUGUUGGGGGAGUGUGUGCGUUCUCUGGAAUGCUAAUAUUGGCCAUGCCCGUGGCGAUCCUCGCCACCAACUUCAGUGAUUUCUACCAUAAAAACAAACUACGGGAAAUGAAAACAUCACUAUUUGACCAAGAUGGUAAGAAAGAAGAGACUUUAAGCCUGUCACGUGUUUCCCCAAUUAACACCAAUGACACUCCCCCGGUGACUGUAAAGUGCUGCUGCUGAUUUAAGUUAACCAGCCUGAGCAAUCCUGAAAUUUGGAGUAACAGUUAAUUUGAAAUUGUACACAAUUGUAAUAUGGAUUUUAUUGUAUGCAGUGUCAAAUAUUACAUUGAGUUACGACAUUGUGAUGUUAUUGAAUAAUUGAAAUGUUGUAAUUGACACACGUCAUCUAUGGAUCCAUAUAUGUCGUUCGUUUUCUUUUCUUCUUUUUUUCCGACAGUGUUCAUACCCGUGAAAUUAUGUAUACAUUAUUCAUGACUUGUAUAUCCAUUAUUAACGAAUACAAUGUCAACUUCUUCGGCUGAAAAUUAACAUCCCACACUGACAAACCACAGGUCAAAGUAAUUUUAAACUGAAUUUCACUAUACAUUAUGUAUAUCGCAAUUGCAUUCAAUGAUUGACAAUUUGGGGAUCAAUACGAUAAUUUAGCUACCCGAGAAAUACAAUAUUAACCGAGCAUGAAGUUAAAUUAUAUCAUUGAAUCAUUCAAAAUAUCGAAACCGGCAAUUAGAGCCCACAAAGCGAUACCUAGUCGGCCAUCUGUGUUUACAGCUAAAGUACAGGACCUGAUCGGAAGUUACGAGUGAAGUGAAUUUUUGUUUAUCAUAAGAUUGAAACCGGACACUAAAACUUAUAAAACAAUACCUAAUCGGUCAUUUUUGUGUACAGUUAGAGUGUAAGACCCAAUCGUAAGUGAGUAGAGACGCGAGCUUUCAUUGGACGAUCAAUAAUAGCCAAUCGUAUAACUUACGAAUUCCCAAUUCAAUUUUGGUCCAAUUUUGUAAAAAUAAAAUACUAUAUUCAACCCGAGGGCACAUGGAGGUGAAUAAAACUUUUUAUUUUUUCAACUUUGUUGGAUCUCAUCCAAUAAAGCUCAGAGUUGUGCAGUUAUAUCAGAAUAUAGAUUUAUUUACUUAGUUGAAAAAAAGUUAGAAUUUUUCAUUUCGUUUUAUUAUUAUCAUUUUUUUUUUGGUAUUGCUUAAAUUGUUCAUCAUUUCACUCCACCGCACGCACGUUCGAUUUUCUUUUCGGUCUUAGUGACGUCAUUAAUGCCAUGUUGUUUACAUAUAUGUAUGUUUAUAUGUAAGCAAUUGAUGGAUAAGGUAAUUUGCAUAAUCAGAGCUAAUAAUGCAAAAUUUGUCCGAUCGUUCCAUUGUUUAUACAUCCUCCAUAACAAAAUAAAAGUAUCAAUAUAUUUACAUUUUGUAAAUUUUGUGGAUACAUUGUCUUUAAUAUCAAAUUAAUUUAUUGAGAAUACAUUGAAAUAGCACACAACUUUCACUAGCAAAAAUAUAUUGUAUCAGUAAAUGUCAGUAUUCAACGCUAUGCUUACAUGCAUAACUUGAAUGUCUUCGUGCUGUCGCGUCGAUGAAAGUUGAAUUUUGGUAAGAUUUUAAUUUUUUUUUCUACGUUUGAAUUUAGUUUAUUUCGUCAUUUAGUUAGUGUCAUUAAGAAUAUUAUAAUAAUCGUAAAAAAAAAAAAAAAUUACAUGUAUAUCUCAAAGUCCAGCUAAAACCAGUCACCCGUAUAUUAAUUUCAAAUUUUUAGCGAAGUGGGAAAACACCGUAUGUGUACUUUGGGUGGUUCAUGUAAUUUGUAUGUGUGUCCGGAAAGAGAGAGCACCAAUUCAGCUAUCCCUGGUGAAUAAUGAUAUUUUCCUAUGAAUUAUCUUGAUGUUACUGGUCCAACACUCGUCACCAAUGUAGUUCAUUAGUGGUCAGAGAUCGGACUCAUCUGGCGAUACUAACGUUCCGCCAGAAGUUUGGAUGAGAUUUACCAUGCAAAACUCAAGUUCUUGUUUAAUGAUGUUAUCACUAUUUGGAAUAUCGGGAAGCGGUGAGUCCCCGUGCGAUCGAGUUCUAGAAUCGAGCCGAAAAUGAAAAUUCUUUUGGUGUCGGGGAACUCUUAUAUAAGCUGAUUGUUUCGAAAAAUUCGACUGGAGUUUGACGAUUUCCAUUGGGAUCGGGUUGCCAAUUAGAAUCUGCUUUAAUCUUUUUAAAAACUUUGUUUUACAACGAUUAACAAUCAAAUUCUUAAACUUAUAUCAAUGCUUCUUGUCGGCUUGGAUUGUUGCGCGAAGGGGGUCAUUCAUGAAGGGCGGAAAAGAAAGGAAAAGAAAAACAAUUGCGCUGCGUGAUGAACAGAGAAUUAGUCGUCAAAUCUGUCAAUGCAUAAAAUACACACAAAACAUAUAUGUACAUGUAGUACAUGCAUAGUAACUAUGUUACAGUGAUCAUGCACAUAACUAUAUUGUAUACAUGUAUGUUGUUUUCUUAUAUUGAAAUUUACAACCAAGUAGUGACACAAUAAAACAGCAAACUCAG